AUGUGCACGCCAGCACCGGGUGGCCGCGGCCGCGGCGGCGUGUGCUUGAACGUCGGCGGACGGGUGUUCCAGACCACGGCCGCCACGCUCGCCGCCGCGGGGCGGGACACCAUGCUCGGCGCCAUGCUGGACGCCUCCUGGAACGCCGCGGCCACGGGCGACGAGGCCGACUACUUCAUCGACCGCGACCCGGCCUGCUUCGCAGUGCUGCUCGACCUGCUCCGCACGGGCGGCCUCCACGUGCCGCCCCACAUCCCCGACGCCGUGCUCUGCCGCGAGGCGCUCUACUACGGCCUCCUCGACCGCGUCCGCGCCGCGCGCUGGGACGACUUCGACGGCGACCGCCUCCGCCUGGCCGCGUCCGUGCCGGGCCGGGCCGCGGGGGACGGCACGGCCGUCCGCGCGGCGCCCGACGGGGGCUGCUGCGUCGCGCACGGCGGCGCCGUGCGCGUCUACAACUGGAUGCUCGAGGAGCGCCGGCCGGUCUACCUCGACCACGCGCCGGUCAACGACGCGGCCUACCUCGACGCCUCCACGCUCCUCGUCGCUGCGCGCGAGCGCCCCGGCAGGCGGGACGGCGGCGUGGCCGCCUUCUCGGCGCUCACCGGCGAGAUGCACCACCGCUUCCGCGUCGCGCACGAUCGUCAGCUCAGGUCCUUCACCCCCGGGGCACUGGCCUUCGACCAGGAGUGCAGCAUCUUUGCGAGCUGCAAGGGCCGGCUCAACGAGUAUGGCAUUGGUGUAUGGGACGGCACCACCGGCGACCAGACGGGUUUCUUCUACGAGCCGCCCGGCUGCGCCCUCGGGGACGCCGAUAAGCUCCAGUGGCUGGACGGCACCAGAACGCUCAUGGCGGCCACCAUGUUCCCGCGGGCGGAUUCUUCUUUCAUAAGCCUGCUGGAUUUCCGGGACAAGAACGUCGUCUGGUCGUGGUGCGACGUCGGCACGCCGGCGUCGCUCGAGGAUAAGCACGCGGUCCACGCCAUCGCAAUGGAGGACGGGAGGUCGAUCUGCGUCAUCAACCAGUACGACGACCUCGGGUUCCUCGACCUCCGGAGCAGCGCCGGCGGCGUGCGGUGGAGAUCACGGAGCAAGCUGAUGAGCAGGAAGAAGGUGCACGCCGAGGAGACGUGCUAUCCCAAGCUCGCCACGCACGCCGGCCAGCUCUUCGCGUCGACGAACGACGCCAUCUCGGUAUUCACUGGCCCCGACCAUGCACUGACCUCAACGCUGCGCGGGAGCGACGGCGGCGCCAUCUGCGACUUCUCCAUUGGGGGCGACCGUCUUUUCGCCCUGCAUAACGAGAAUGUGUUCGAUGUGUGGGAGACGCCGCCACCGCCGAUCAUCUAA